GACUUCCGCCUCCGGCUGUUGCUCACCCAGCAAAUGGCUCCUGGCUUCCGCCUUCCUGUUUCAGUCACCGGAACUGUGGUAUGUAACAGAUACGCUGUCCGCCUGGGUAACAUGCUGCUGAGUACCUGCUGGUGUUCACUGGACCCCACAGACCCGCUCCAACCCAUCUCUCGGCCAUGCAGGAAAAUGUAGCAGGACACAAAGAGGCAGAGAGGGAGGAGAGGUGGCUGUAUGAACAACCUUGACUCUCAUCUAAAUGUGAAGCUUUCCAACAACUACCGGUUCACUUUCCAACCUAUGUCAGCACUGCAGAACGCCAGGGCACCUUGACGUGGCAGGAGCUGGUGUCUGUGAGCCAUCAUCAUCCGCAGCAUCUAUUCCUGAGAAAUGUCAAAGUGGACGCAGAAGACACAGGUGACUGGGCUGAAUGUGGGGAACUGCUGGGUUAUAGUACUCGAUUAUAUUCUCAUUCAAUUGUACUCUAAUCAUUUGCCUCUUCUGCAAUGAGAAUGGAAAAGGUCCCCCCAAUUGAAGUUAAUCAAAGGUUUCGGUUGAGUUGGGUUCAAAUCUAUCAAGCUCCCCCCAAUUUGUGUAAGUAGCUAACAAACUUCAUAAAAAUAACUACUUCUCUCCUUUUAUGAUUUGGUAAAUCGCAAAGAAAGAAGCUUGCCCUGAUUCCCGUGUAUGGUCAUGUUACCCCGUCAUCAGGGAGAGAACGGGCUGUAUAAUUACCAUUUGAGACAUGAAUCAUCCUUGCUCGGAGGACCCAGACCUGGCUGACUCUAUAAAAGGAGCUCAGGGUCGAAGUGCAAAUGUGCACCGUCUGCGUCCCCCGGGCUGCUAUAAUUACCGAGAUACAGAGGAGAUGAAGGCGCUCCCUGCGUCUGGCCUUGCCGUGCUCCUUGUCACAGCUCUGAAGUUCUCCUCUGCAGCACCCCUACUCGCAGCCACCCCCAGGACCUGGAGGAACAACUUCCACCUCGCACAGGCAUAUCUUGACAAGUAUUACACAAAGAGAGGAGGGCACCAGGUUGGUGAGAUGGUGUCAAGAGGAGGCAAUUCCAUGGUGAAGAAGAUUAAGGAGCUGCAGGCAUUCCUUGGCCUCCAAGUCACUGGGAAGUUGGACCAGAACACGAUGGACGUGAUCAAGAUGCCUCGCUGUGGAGUUCCUGAUAUGGCAAAUUAUCGCCUCUUCCCAGGUGAACCCAAAUGGGAAAAAAAUACUUUAACAUACAGAAUAUCCAAAUACGCCGCGUCCAUGCGCCCCGCCGAGGUGGACAGAGCGAUCGAGAUGGCUCUGCGGGCCUGGAGUAGCGCUGUCCCCCUGAACUUCGUGAGAGUGAACUCAGGAGAAGCAGAUAUUAUGGUAUCUUUUGAAACCGGAGAUCACGGGGACUCCUACCCAUUUGAUGGGCCUCGCGGGACGCUAGCCCAUGCGUUUGCACCUGGAGAAGGCCUGGGAGGAGACACGCAUUUCGACAAUGCCGAGAAGUGGACUUUGGGGAUGAAUGGUUUCAAUCUCUUUACCGUUGCUGCUCAUGAGUUUGGCCACGCCCUGGGUCUGGCCCAUUCCACAGACCCUUCGGCACUGAUGUACCCAACGUAUAAGUACAAGAAUCCCUAUGGGUUCCGCCUUCCUAAGGAUGAUGUGAAAGGGAUCCAGGCGUUGUACGGACCCCGGAAACCGUUCCUGGGAAAACCUACCAUUCCCCACAUUCCUCCCCACAAGCCGUCCUUCCCUGAUGUCUGCGACGCCAGCUCAUCCUUUGAUGCUGUGACGAUGCUAGGAAAGGAACUUCUGCUCUUCAAGGAUCGGAUUUUCUGGCGACGGCAGGUUCACUUGUUGGCAGAGAUUCGGCCGAGCACUAUCACCAGCUCCUUCCCCCAGCUCAUGUCCAACGUGGAUGCAGCUUAUGAAGUGGCCGAGAGAGGCACUGCUUACUUCUUCAAAGGCCCCCACUACUGGAUAACACGAGGAUUCCAAAUCCAAGGCCCUCCUCGGACUAUUUACGACUUCGGGUUCCCAAGGCGCGUGCAGAGAAUAGAUGCUGCGGUGUACCUCCAGGAGCCGCAGAAGACCCUUUUCUUCGUGGGAGACGAAUACUACAGCUAUGACGAACGAAAAAGGAAAAUGGAAAAAGACCACCCAAAGAGCACCGAAGAAGAAUUUUCAGGAGUACACGGCCAAAUAGAUGCUGCUGUAGAAUUAAAUGGCUACAUUUACUUCUUCUCAGGACCAAAAACAUACAAGUACGACGUAGAAAAGGAAGAUGUGGUCAGUGUGGUGAAAUCUAGCUCCUGGAUUGGUUGCUAAAGGGAAAGGUCUCACCUUCUCCAAGAAAUAAAGACGACCACCGUGGCUGAUCACUGGAUUUGAAGGCCUAAAGCUCACGUAGAACAGGGAUUCUUCCCAUGGCCUUCAGUUCUACGUGCAAGUUAGAGUCCACUGGAACAAUAAUGUUUCUAAAUUUUUCAGAGUUGCACAUUCAAAAUUUUAAUCCUAAUGAGAAAUUAAGCCAACUUUACACAAAAUACAAAUCAACCUAAUGUAUUUCACAGUUAGACACUCAUUUUAGUCUUACCUAAUAUACUCUAAAGCAAAUUGAUCAGUUGAGUUUUUAUUUUCAGGUAGAAGCUUGCUUGUGCAUUCCCUGACAUAUAACUACUUUAUUAGGAAAUAGCAAUACCAUGCAAAUUAUGACUGAUCUUUGUAGACAUUGACUUUUUGGCCACUAUUAAUUAUAACAAAUAUAAAUAUGCCUGUUAUUACUUUAACCACAUCACAAACAAAAAUGGCAUAAGGUUUGUUUCUUAUUUUAUUUGAUUCUGUGUCUGCUCCGUUGUCUCUGACACAGGCCAUGCCAGACAAACAUUCAAAUGAAUUUUCAUACCCAACGACAGAUUGAUACUUUACAACAGGAGAACAUUUUAAUGAAAGUCAAUAGAAAUAUUAUAUUAGAAUAGUCCUCCAUUUCUCUUUUCUAUUAAUAUUUACCCAUCUCUGUAAUACUUUAUUUGGCAACAAAGUCUGUGUACCUAUAGAAAAUGUAAAUUUUAAGAUAGUAUGUGUACACAGACCCAAAAGAAAGAAAUAAAUAAGGAUCACUCCUGUUUCCUUUUAACAUCCACAGUGACCCAUCUAAAUUUCUUCUGAACAGUUUUCUAUAUAAGAGAGUUCACUUUUUAACUUUAACUUUUUUUUACUUUAAAAUCGAUCUUUUUCCCCCCUACCUAGUCAUCAGUACUGACAGAUGAAAUUAUGGCUGUCUUUCUUAUAACUUUUGAAAUCUUACCCUUAAAAAUGUAAAGAUUCUAAAACAUUUUAGCGGUUCUAAAAUUGAGUGAUGAAAGGUGUGUAAUGUCCUUCAUAAACUACCUAGAACACUGACAGUUUUUAACAAAAGUGACUAUCAUUGUUACCACUAUUUAUUCAAUUUUUUCAGAGUCACUAAAAAGACAAUGUUAAGAAGGAAGGAGGCAGUUACGCGAGGUACUCUACACCUUGCAUUUGGUUUCUGUUACUGGAAGUAGCUAUUUAUAGCCAAACAGAUGUUGAGUUUUUGUUGAAGGCAGCAUCUGUUAUCCUUCCUUUGCAAUCUCAGUCCAUCCGGUGGCAUGAUUAAUGGAUUAAAAAAAAUGUGGUAAUAUCCACAGGGAAGAAAAAUCACUUUUGCAAAACCAGCUGAGAACUACUUAGUAUCAUAAGCAAAGAGGAAAAGAUUAAAGAUUCCUUGGAAAGAUUAAAAACACAGAAAUUCCACUCCUUAGUAUAUAUCUGAAAAACUGAAACAUGCCCACACAAAAACUUGAAACAUUCCUAGCAGUGUUAUUCAUAAUAGUCAAAAGUGGAGAUAUUCUAUCACAUGAUUAAUGGAUAAAUACAAUGUGGUAAUAUCAAACAACAGACUAUCAUCCAACAAUAAAAAGAAAUGAAGUACUAAUACAUGCUACAAUAUUAUAGAUGAAGCUUGAAAACAUCAUGCUAAGUAAAAGAAACCAGCCACAAAAAGCCACACACUUGUAUGAUUUUAUUCAUGUGCAGUGUUUAUAGUAGGAAAAUCCGUAGAGACAGAAAACAGACUAGUGCUUCUCAGGAGUUGCUGGAAGGAGACAACAGGAAGAGACUGCUCAUGGGUACAGGGCUUUGGGGAGGGUGCUGAGAAUGCUCUAAAUUGGUGAUGGUGAUGGUUAUGCAACUCUGUGAAUAAAUUAAAGGCCACGGAAUUGUACACUUUAAGUGAGUGUGUUGUAUGUUAUGUGAAUUAUAUCUCAAUAAAAUUGUUACAUUUUAAAAAAUAAACAAGAAUACCAAAGUGGUGUGACAAUCCAUGAA